CUGGGAAGAGGUUGUUUGUGGUGCAAGCUCCAAGAGAGGAAGGGGUCCUGGAGUGGCAAGGCAUGGGACAGAUAGGAUUUGGUAUGGAGAGAGUUCCAUAGGAAGAGGAUUUUGUCGUGGCAGACACUGGAAAGAGAGAAUCCUAUGUGAUAUUUGGGGAUUUGGCUAUAGGGCCCUUCUAGGAAUAGACACCGUUGUAGAAUGACCUGGUGUAGAGGGGUGGCUGGAGAAAGAGCUCUGGUAGGCAUAUUGGGUAAUUGAGUGGGGGCAAAGAUCCAGUAUAGGGGAGAAAAGGAUAAUAGUUUCAAACUGCAGGAAAACUCGCCUCCCCCAUAAGCCCGUGAGGUGGAGGAGUUGGCCUUGUCUGGGAGGGGGUCUUAAAGUAAUAUGGGGUAGAUCUCUUGUGGGGCCCAGAAAAACUAAAAUAUGGCAUAGAGAGACUUCCUGGAGGGAUGGUUCCUGGUUUGGGAGGACCUAAUAUAGGGAAAAGGUCUUGGCAUGAUACGGAGAGGGUGCCCUGGGAAAGGAAUACCCUGGUAGUUGAAGACUCUGUCAUAGGGUUUCUCAGACCUCCAUGUGGCCUGGAGGUCCCUGAGGAUCCUGAUAUGGUUUUCGGGGCCUGCAGAGGACUCUUGCUGUGGCUUGGGGGGAUCUUACUGGGAAGGGUCUAUUUAAAGUGGAGGGUCCUUACUGUGGCACUGGAGCAUCCUGGUGUUCAGGAAAGAAUAUUUGAGGGUGAAGUCUUGUAUGUGGGGCCGUGGGGAGAGCCAUGAGUAGAAAAGGGAAGAAAGAAAGAGUUCUCCCCAGAGUGCCCCUGGUUUCUGUCUUCUCUUUUCCUCCCCCAAUUACUGGUGUCUUUCUGUCCUCCUUUCCUGUCACUGUCCAUAUCCACCUCCUCCCACAUUGUCCGGCUCCCAAUCAUCCCUUUUAUGUAUUCUUUUCUUUGUGCUGCCUCAUUUACUUAUUUUAUUAUCAUUUGCUGUGGGACUCUGCUGUGCCACCCUCUCCCACUCACGUGCUCUCUGUCCCCUCUGUACUGCUACCUGUUGCUCUAUUGCACUCUUUUUCUCCUUCCCUCGUGCCCUGCCUUCUCUCUUGUGCCUACCUCUUCCCUGCCUGGCACUGUCCCACAUAUCCCCACAUUCCAUGUUGUUUUCCCACCUCCGCCUGCUCUCAGGUCUCAGCGGCGGUGGCAGCCGAGGUGCAGGAUGCGAGAAGGCGCCCCCCGGCCGGGCUCCCGCUCCAGGCCUCGCACCCCUGCGGCCCUCUGAGCCCACCAUGGCCGUCCCACCAGGCCAUGGUCCCUUCUCUGGCUUCCCGGGGCCCCAGGAGCACACACAGGUACUGCCUGAUGUGCGGCUACUGCCUCGGAGGCUGCCCCUGGCCUUCCGGGACGCAACCUCAGCUCCGCUGCGCAAGCUCUCUGUGGACCUCAUCAAGACCUACAAGCACAUUAAUGAGGUGUACUAUGCCAAGAAGAAGCGGCGGGCCCAGCAGGCGCCACCCCAGGACUCGAGCACCAAGAAGGAGAAGAAGGUCUUGAACCAUGGUUAUGACGAUGACAACCAUGACUAUAUUGUGCGCAGUGGCGAGCGCUGGCUGGAACGCUACGAGAUUGACUCUCUCAUUGGCAAAGGCUCCUUUGGCCAGGUGGUGAAAGCUUAUGAUCAUCAGACUCAGGAGCUGGUGGCCAUCAAGAUCAUCAAGAACAAAAAGGCCUUCCUGAACCAGGCCCAGAUUGAGCUUCGACUGUUGGAGCUGAUGAACCAGCAUGACACAGAGAUGAAGUACUACAUAGUCCACCUGAAGCGGCACUUCAUGUUCCGCAACCACCUGUGCCUGGUGUUCGAGCUGCUGUCCUACAACCUGUACGACCUCCUGCGCAACACACACUUCCGAGGCGUCUCACUGAAUCUGACCCGGAAACUAGCGCAGCAGCUCUGCACGGCGCUGCUCUUCCUGGCUACGCCGGAGCUCAGCAUCAUUCACUGCGACCUCAAGCCAGAGAACAUCCUACUCUGCAACCCCAAGCGCAGUGCUAUCAAGAUUGUGGAUUUCGGCAGUUCCUGCCAGCUUGGCCAGCGGAUCUACCAGUAUAUCCAGAGCCGCUUCUACCGCUCACCAGAGGUACUCCUGGGCACGCCCUACGACCUGGCCAUUGACAUGUGGUCCCUGGGCUGCAUCCUUGUGGAGAUGCACACGGGAGAACCCCUCUUCAGCGGCUCCAAUGAGGUGGACCAGAUGAGCCGCAUUGUGGAGGUGCUGGGCAUCCCACCGGCCCCCAUGCUGGAGCAGGCACCCAAGGCUCGCAAAUACUUUGAGCGGCUGCCUGGGGGUGGCUGGACUCUACGAAGGACAAAGGAACUCAGGAAGGAUUACCAGGGCCCCGGGACACGGCGGCUGCAGGAGGUGCUGGGCGUGCAGACGGGCGGGCCCGGGGGCCGGCGGGCGGGGGAGCCGGGCCACAGCCCCGCCGACUACCUCCGCUUCCAGGACCUGGUGCUGCGCAUGCUGGAGUAUGAGCCCGCCGCCCGCAUCAGCCCGUUGGGGGCUCUGCAGCAUGGUUUCUUCCGCCGUACGGCCGACGAGGCCACCAACACGGGCCCGGCAGGCAGCAGUGCCUCCACCUCGCCCGCACCUCUCGACACGUGCCCCUCCUCUAGCACCGCCAGCUCCAUCUCCAGCUCUGGAGGCUCCAGUGGCUCCUCCAGUGACAACCGGACCUAUCGCUACAGCAACAGAUACUGUGGGGGCCCUGGGCCCCCCAUCACUGACUGUGAGAUGAACAGCCCCCAGGUCCCACCCUCCCAGCCGCUGCGCCCUUGGGCGGGGGGUGAUGUGCCCCACAAGACACAUCAAGCCCCUACCUCUGCCUCGUCACUGCCGGGGACAGGGGCCCAGUUACCCCCUCAACCCCGAUGCCUUGGCCGUCCCCCAUCACCAACUUCGCCACCACCCCCGGAGCUGAUGGAUGUGAGCCUGGUGGGAGGCCCUCCAGACUGCUCCCCACCUCACCCAGCGCCUGCCCCCCAGCACCCGGCUGCCUCAGCCCUCCGGACUCGGAUGACAGGAGGUCGUCCACCUCUCCCACCCCCUGAUGACCCUGCCACUCUGGGGCCUCGCCUAGGCCUUCGUGGUGUACCCCAGAGUACAGCAGCCAGUUCAUGACCCUGCCCUCUCCCUGGGGCCCCUCCUGAAGCCAUACCCUCCCCCCAUCUGGGGGCCCUGGGCUCCCAUCCUCAUCUAUCCCCUUGACUGGAAUUGCUGCUACCCAGCUGGGGUGGGUGAGGCCUGCACUGAUUGGGGCCUGGGGCAGGGGGUCAAGGAGAGGGGGUUGGCCACACUCUCCCCACUGAGGACUGGACCCUUGACCCCCUAUCCCCCCUUGUUUUCUAUUUAUUGUACCAAAGACAGUGGUGGUCCGGUGGAGGGGAGACCCCCCUCAUCCCAGGGCCCUAGGAGGGGGUGGGGGCAGGUAGGGGGAGAUGGCCUUGCUCCUCCUUGCUGUACCCCCCAGUAAAGAGCUUUCUCACAUGCC